AUGGCAAAUCUUGCAAAUACCAUGGAGGCUAAUGCUGCUGUGACUCUGCAAGCUGUGCAGAGGUUAGGCCAACCGGCGGGGAACGGAAAUGGGAAUGGUGAAGGGAAUGCUAAUGAUAAUGCUGAGGGAAACGGCAAUAACACGGGAGGUGUUCCGAUGACCUUGGUGACGUUUCUCAAGCUUCAGAACGCUGAUAUUCCGUGGGAUGUGUUCCAAACGGCCUUCUACAAGAAAUACUUUCCUGAGCCUGCAAGGGAAGCGAAGGAGAUGGAACUAAUGCAGUUGAAGCAAGGUUCCUUGUCAGUGGCAGACUACACAAGCAAGUUUAAGGAGCUUUGUAGGUUUUCUAGGUUAAGUCAGGGUGCCCUGGAGACCUACGAGAGUUGGAAGUGUAUCAAGUACCAAAGAGGCUUGAAGGACAACAUUAUGACUACUGUGGCUCCAAUGGAGAUUCGUACUUUUUCUGACUUGGUGAACAAGGCGAGAGUGAUGGAAGAGUAUGCCAAGACCGUAGCUUCAUCCAAGGAAACUCACGGAGGGAGUUCUAGUAAGGGACGUGGCAAGUAUUUCCAUCCGAGGGUUCAAAGUUUCAAGAGAGAAGGAUAUGCGCCUCAAGAUCAAGGAGGCUUCAGAAAGAACACUCAGGAUCAGUUUCAGCGUGGCAAAGGAAGAGGAAAUCAAAGUAAAAAUUAUCCAGAUUUGACUUGUGUGCGUUGUGGACGUUUUCAUCCAUAUGACUCAUGCAAGAUUGGUUUAGGUGGUUGCUUCAACUGUGGAUUGCCUGGCCACAUUGCGAGGGAUUGCACUCGUGGGAGGAACCCAAAUACGGGUCAAGGGUGCCCCGGAGACCUACGAGAGUUGGAAGUGUAUCAAGUACCAGAGGGCUUAAAGGAUAGCAUUAUGACUGCUGUGGCUCCUAUGGAGAUUCGUGUCUUCUCUGAGUUGGUGAACAAGGCGAGAGUGGUGGAAGAAUAUGCGAAAACGGUAGCUUCGUCCAAGGAAACUCACGAAGGAAGCUCUAGUUGGAGACGUGGCAAGUAUUUUCAUCCAAGGGGUCAGAGUUUCAAGAGAGGAGGAUAUGCGCCUCAAGGGCAAGGAGGCUUCAGAAAGAACACUCAAAAUAAGUUUCAGUAUGCCAAAGGGAGAGGAAAUCAAAGUAAGAUUUCUCUGGAUUUGACUUGUGUGCGUUGUGGGCAUUUUCAUCCAUAUGACUCAUGCAAGAUUGGUUUAGGUGGUUGCUUCAACUAUGGCUUGCCUAGUCACUUUGCGAGGGAUUGCACUCGUGGGAAGAACCCAAAUGCGGGUCAAAGUCAGCAUCAGGGGCCAGUGUUUGCUGUGAACGCCAAGGAUGCUUCUAAGGAGGAUCCGUUGAUGAGAGGUAACUGUUUAAUUGGUGAUAAAGUCUUGAUUGCAUUGUAUGAUACUGGAGCUUCGCAUUCGUUUAUUUUAUUUGCUAAGGUUGAGGAACUAGGCUUGAAAGUGUCAGAGUCAGCAUUGGAUCUGCAUGUACAUACUCCGUAUCAGACAGUUAUGACUAAGUCAGGUUGUAGGCAAAACCGAGUUUUGUUUGAUUACUUUGAGUGGUCAAUUCGGUUUAUCCCAGAAGGAGAAAGUAGAGCAGUGAUAGCUGAGGGUUACUACCUGAACUCGGUAAUGGUGCAUUGUAGUGGGGAAAAGUGUCAGGGUUAUAUUCUGUUGGCUGCGAAUACGUUAGGUGAUAAUAAGAAACUAGAUCAAAUUUCGGUAGUUAGAGACUUUCUGGAGGUGUUCCCAGAAGAUAUCCCUGAGUUCCCACCUCAAAGGGAAAUUGAAUUUGCAAUUGAAUUGGUGCCGAGAGCUGGACCAGUAUCGAUUGCACCGUGUAGAAUGGCUCUGAUAGAGCUAGCUGAACUAAAGGCUCAGUUGGAAGAGCUUCUGAAUAAGAGGUUUAUUCGACCGAGUGUAUCUCCGUGGGGAGCGCCAGUUUUAUUGGUGAAGAAGAAGGACGGAGGAAUGCGACUGUGUGUGGAUUACCGACAGUUGAACAAAGUAACUAUGAAGAACAAAUACCCGCUGCCAAGGAUAGAUGACUUGAUGGAUCAACUGCAUGGAGCCGGAGUGUUUUCCAAGAUUGAUUUGAGAUCCGGUUACCACCAAAUAAGGGUGAAGGAGGAUGAUAUUCUUAAAACAGCGUUUAGGACGUGCUAUGGACACUACAAGUUUGCGGUGAUGUCCUUUGGGUUAACGAAUGCACCUGCUGUUUUCAUGGAUUACAUGAACAGAGUCUUUCGUUCCUCUUUGGACAAAUUCAUGGUGGUUUUCAUAGACGACAUCUUAGUUUACUCUAAGACGGCAAAGGAGCAUAAGGAACACUUGAGGAUUGUGUUGCAAAUCUUAAAGGAGCGGAAAUCGUAUGCUAAGUUGUCAAAGUGCGAGUUCUGGAAGGAGGAAGUAAAGUUCUUAGGUCACGUGGUGAGCAAAGGGGGAAUAGCGGUGGAUUCUUCUAAGGUAGAAGCAGUGAUGGAAUGGGAAAGGCCAACGACAGUGACGGAAGUCCGAAGUUUCUUGGGUUUUGCUGGAUAUUACCGGAGAUUCAUUGAAGGAUUCUCCCGGAUUGUAUUGCCAAUGAUGAAGUUGACAAGGAAGGAAGUGCCUUUUGUAUGGACGUCCGAGUGUGAAGAAAGUUUUCAGACUUUGAAGCAGAAGUUAACUUCAGCACCUAUUUUAAUCUUGCCGGAACCGCAUGAACCGUUCAAAGUAUAUUGUGAUGCUUCUUUGAAGGGUUUGGGUUGCGUGUCGAUGCAACACCAGAAUGUGGUGGCUUACGCAUCGCGUCAGCUGAGACCGCAUGAGAAAGAGCUUAAUAUGCGUCAACGGAGAUGGAUGGAGUUGCUUAAGGACUACGAUUUUGAACUGAGUUAUCACCCUGGAAAGGCGAAUGUGGUAGCAGACACUUUGAGUCGGAAAUCUUUAAUCGUAGCUUGGAUGAGGAUCAAAGAAGAGGAGUUAGUGGAUAAGUUCGUGGAUCUUAAGCUAGAUAUUGGUGAAGUUGCUGGAAAUGAUUGCUUGAAUUAG